AUGACGGCAAAUGAGUUCGUUCUUCCGACGAAGAAUGGUCUCACCAACGAUUCUCGAGUGUCAGCUGAGGACCAGCAGUUGGUCGCUCUAGUAGUUGAACGAGUCUCGUUUUGCGUACCCAACGUGCGCAACCGUAAGGUGAUCGUUGUAUGGCGUGUGGUCGUAGUGCAAUUUCCGACAACAGGACAACUUUUUCCCUAUUGCACAGUAAGUGAAGGUCGCGAUCUCGUCUGCUAG